CGCUUUCGUCGUAACAAGUCUACUUUCAGUAAAAUUCCUUUUGUCGCGAGAUAGAUUCUUCAAGAAAAUCUGACGAAGCAAAUAGCAUUUUUAAAGCCCGCUCACCGCUUGCACUGUUCCAGUGACGUCUCCCUUCCUUUCAUACAAGUUUUCAUCUAAAGCAGUAACAGGACUGGAAAUGUUUUUGGCACUUCUGGUGAUUCCGUCAGCUUGCUUCGUUGUCCUGAUUGUCCGCUUCGUUGUGAACAGACGUCGGCAUCUCAGUUUGUUCAGGGACUUUGGCAUUCCAGGUCCGGAACCUCACUUUCUGUCUGGCAACACGGACGACCUCUUCAGCGCGCCCGCACCGCAUGAGGUCAUUUCCGCCUGGCUGAAGAAGUACGGAGAUGUCUUCGGAUAUUUUGCGGGUGAAGUGCCUCACAUCGUGGUGAAAGAUCUCGAUAUGCUUAAACAGAUUCUCAUCAAGGAUUUCGAGGUAUUUUGUGAUCGACCUUUUGGCAUAGACGUAGAACCUUACAACAAGUCUCUGUUAGGCUUGAAAGGCAGGAGAUGGAAAGAGGUGCGUACCAUCCUCACGCCGACUUUUUCUUCUGGCAAAAUCAAACUCAUGACUGAAAUCGUUAACAAAAAGGUGGAUAUCACCUUGGAUAUAGUGACGGGAAAAGCAGAAAACAAUGAAAUGUUCGAUAUGUACGAGCUGGUACAGGGACUGACCUUGGAUGUGAUAGCAGCUUGCGCCCUUGCGAUGACGACGCACUGUCAGGAAAAUCCAGAAGAUGCCUUUUUCAAUUCAGUAAGGGAUUCCUUCAAACAUGUCAAUAAUCGUGCAAUAAAGUUCGCCAUGAUGUUUCCAUUCGUAGCUGACCUUAUGGUCUUCUUCAAUAAGUUCAUGACAGCCGGACAGAUGACUUCUCUUGUCAUGGACAAAGUGAACACAGCUAUUUCUGAGAGAUGUAAGAAUCCAAAAAUCAAGAGUAUGGACCUCUUGCAGUUGAUGCUCGACAACCGCGAAAAUGAGGAGAGAAACGGAAAAGGGAUGACAGACGACGAGAUACUCGCCAACGCAUUCACUUUCCUGAUUGUCGGUUUCGAUACGACUGCUAAUGCUUUGGCUUUUGUGUUCUAUCUGCUCAUAAAGCACCCCGAUGUGCAGGAGCGACUGUAUGAAGAGAUAGCUGAAGUAGAAGAUGCCAAUUACAGCUCUAUUCAAAAUCUCCAAUAUUUGGACCAAGUCUUCAGCGAAUCUCUGCGAAUCUAUCCUCCCGUCACAUUAUUCAUAUCUAGGUUCUUCAACCAGGACCAUAAGGUGGGCUCGAUAAUCAUACCGGAAGGAACUACAGUCAUGGUUCCAGUUUGGGACAUCCAUCACGAUCCAGAGUUGUGGCCAGAACCAUGGAAGUUCGAUCCGGAUCGCUUUUCCCUAGAAAACAGGACGUCUCUGAACAGCAUGGCCUACAUGCCUUUCGGCGCAGGCAGAAGAAAUUGUAUAGGUGCCAGAUUUGCUUUGUUAGAGGCAAAACUUGCAGUGUUUAGACUUUUGAAGCAGUUCAAGUUCGAAGCGUGUGAAAAGACUGAAGAUCCUCUAACUUUAGUGUGUCCAACAGUUGUUAUUAAUCCGGCUAACGGAGUUUAUUUGAAAGCUACCCCAAGGACUGGUACAAUUUAAAAUACGUGUUCUUAAAACCACAUAUUUUUCUUGUACAUCAUUUUCAAAAUGUUGUUGAUGUUGUACUGUUUUAAUAAAACAAAAAGU